CCCUUUUCUCUGCAUCGGUCUUAGGGUUUUUGAAUAGCCCCUCUCUCACUUUCCUGUCAACCCCAAAUCUCUCUGGAUAUCUCACCAGAAGUAUUGUAUAGAUAUGGGGACGAAAGCAAAAAAGAAAUCAAUAGUGAAGAAUUUGAGGAAGGCCUCUGCGCAAUUCUCUGCUUCCAAAGACGAUAGUCCUGAUUUUGUGCCGUUGGAGGGUGGUCUGGCGCGGAAGAUUUCGAAGAUUGAAGAAAGGGAGAAUAAAGCAACUGUCUUAUAUAUUGGAAGAAUUCCACAUGGAUUUUAUGAGAAUGAAAUGGAAGGUUUCUUUAAGCAAUUUGGUACAAUCAAGAGACUCAGAAUAGGAAGGAAUAGGAAGGUUUGUUCUUUUAACUUUUAUUAGUCAUGUAUUCAUUUUUGUGUU